CUCCGAACGCAGCUCAGCCUCACUGUCACCGGGAAGCCCGCCUGGACGCCCCAACUGGGCCCACGCCUCUACAGUGAGUCCCCAAAGGCCCGGCGCUUCCCCAGGGAGACCCGACCCCCCUUCCCCGUCCACCUCCCUGGUCCUCUGGCUCUCGGGUCCCGGCGUAGGUGCAGGUGCAGCACCCCACCGCUCUUUCACCCGGGCGCAUCCCGCUGGGCGGCCAUGGCGCGAGGAGACGCCCCACAGGACAGCUACCACCUGGUCGGGAUUAGCUUCUUCAUCCUGGGCCUGGGCACUCUCCUUCCCUGGAACUUCUUCAUUACGGCCAUCCCGUACUUUCAGGGGCGGCUGGCAGGGGCCAAUACCACCACCGGGGCCCUGGACACCAACCACACAGGCCUCGCAGACACCUUCAACUUCAACAACUGGGUGACACUACUGUCCCAGCUGCCUCUGCUGCUCUUCACACUCCUCAACUCCUUACUGUACCAGUGCAUCCCUGAGAUGGUGCGGAUUCUGGGCAGCCUGCUGGUCAUCCUGCUGCUCUUUGCCCUGACGGCGGCGUUGGUCAAGGUGGAUAUGAGCCCUGGGCCUUUCUUCUCCAUCACCAUGGCCUCUGUCUGGUUCAUCAACUCCUUCUGUGCGGUUCUGCAGGGCAGUCUCUUCGGGCAGCUGGGCACCAUGCCUUCCACCUACAGCACCCUCUUCCUCAGUGGCCAGGGCCUGGCUGGGAUCUUCGCUGCUCUUGCCAUGCUCAUGUCCAUGGCCAGUGGCGUGGAUGCCCAGACCUCCGCCCUGGGGUACUUCAUCACACCCUGCGUGGGCAUCUUCGUGUCCAUCGUGUGUUACCUGAGCCUGCCCCACCUGGAGUUUGCCCGCUACUACCUAGCCAAGAAACCAUCACAGGCGCAAGGUCAGGAGCUGGAGACCAAAGCUGAGCUCCUCCAGUCUGAUGAGAAGAAUGGUAUUCCCAACAGCCCCCAGAAGGUAGCCCUGACUUUGGAUCUUGAUGCUGAGAAGGACCCAGAGCUGGAGCCAGAGGAGCCCCAGAAGCCAGAAAAACCUUCAGUUUUCAUUGUCUUCCAAAAGAUCUGGCUGACGGCGCUGUGCCUCGUGCUGGUCUUCACAGUCACUCUGUCCGUGUUUCCUGCAAUCACGGCCAUGGUGACCAGCUCCACCAGUCCUGGGAAGUGGAGUCGGUUCUUCAACCCCAUCUGCUGCUUCCUUCUCUUCAACAUCAUGGACUGGGUGGGACGGAGCCUGACCUCCUACUUCCUGUGGCCAGAUGAGGACAGCCGGCUACUGCCGCUGCUUGUCUGCCUGCGUGUCCUGUUCGUGCCGCUCUUCAUGCUGUGCCACGUGCCCGAGAGGUCCCGGCUGCCCAUCCUCUUCCCACAGGAUGCCUACUUCAUCACUUUCAUGCUGCUUUUCGCUGUUUCCAACGGCUACCUGAUGUCCCUUACCAUGUGCCUGGCGCCCAGGAAUGGAGCUGACAAAGACAGACUACCUAGAGGCACACAAGACCUCAUCCCAAGGGCGCUGAUCAGGGAAGAGAGGGCCAAGGGCCAUGACCCUUCCUCACCUCAAGAGUACUUUUGUCAAUCUCAAGAAAUGCACUUGCUCGUCUGUGGGGAUCGGAGGCCACCAGUGGGGUCUUGCCAAGGGUGUGGCUGGUGCGGCUCCUCUUCUCCCCCGGCCUCCAUAACCCCACAAUCCACUUUCUCAGACCCCAGCGCAGAGGAUGCCGGGGAAGCUGAGGGGAGCAAGGAGAAGGAACAGGCAUUAGGGAUCUGAGGGUACUCACAGGACCCCGUGGGCCUCAAACAGUGUUUCAUUGCCAACGCUUACUUGUCUCCACUCCCCAGAGCCCGGCUGGGCCUAGGUCCCGGAGCUGCAGUUAGCCUACAUGCGUGUUUUGCACUUUACAGUUUGCAAAGCUCUUCCGUCCCCACUCUUUCACUAAAGUUGCAUUGAGACCCUUGGGAGGAGCCAGGCAGGGAUUGUGCUCUCCCUUUAUACAGGUGAGGAAACUGAGUCUCAGGGGGAAGUAACUGGUCUGUGGCAGAGCCAGGACCCAGCUCCCACCUCCCUCCUCCCUGUAGGUGCUGUUCUUCCUGCCCACUACCUGCUUCUCUUUUCCUCAAGAGGCUCAAGGCAGGAAUCCUAAGCACUUAUUCCACAUUUUGGAUGUUUUUCCUUCCAACCCUGCUCCUGGGUCUAAUAAUAACCUUCUUCAUUUGUAUAAUCAAUUCACUGAGUCUUUAUUUCCAAAGUGCUGUCAGCUCCAACGGCUUUGAUGACCUGGGUGGGGUAAGGAUGCCUGUACCAUUUGACAGAUGAGACAACUGAGGUUCUGAGAAGGGCAGAGAUUCGUGGGCAUCACUAUGCUGGGCCCUCUUGACCACAGGGUGACCUGUGCUCCUGGACAGAGCACCUGGCUGCAUGAACAACUAUUGCUCUUCCCCUCCACUGGUGUCCUCUGCCUCCCCAGGCCCCCUCCCCCACUUUCUCAAAAAUGGAGCCUCAAGGAGACAGCAAAUUUUCUGGAGAGAUGGAGAAAAAGUCCUGCUUCACCACACACCCUGUGCAGCCCAGAGAAAAGCAAAGGGUUGUUUUGUUGUUGUUUUGUUUUUUGCAUUAGAAGCACUGGCUUUUCUGCCCACAUGCCCUCCUGCCUUCCAUGAACAUUCACCAAGCAGCUAUUACAUACCAGGCACCAAGUCAGCAUAGGGUCCUGGCUCAGAGGUAAGGUACAACCUUGGUAGCUGAAAUAAAGCCACAGGGCAGACCCCAAGUGAGGACUCAUUCCUUUCACCAUUAUUCACUGUACCAGGCAAUGGCUGGUCUGAUGAGCCUGAAACAAAGGAGACAGGUCCCUGCCCCAAGGCCAUGGGAAGUAGAAAGUAACAUGGGAUGGGGUUUGUGAGGGCCCUGCAGAAGUAUGGAAUGUAAGAUUCCAAAAAAGGAUGUCGCAGGUCCCUCUGGGAAGUCAGGGUAGCAGAUCAGGGGAGGUUCCCCCCAGCUGGGCCUCAAGGGAACAAAAACUAGUUCCCUGGGCUGGGUGGGGGAGGGGUGUCCCAGGCAGAGACAGCAGGGAAGGUGGAAGGCUUGGACUCAGAAUAUUCAGGAAACAGGGGACUUCUGUGGGGGGAAGUUCUGUGGAGCCCCUAGGAUGUGAGAGAGGGAGUGGUGAGAGGAUGAGGCUGGAGCAGUGGGUUGGGGACAAGUGAUGAAGGCUUUAGUGAUGAAGAGUAGAUAGCAGGUUAGACAGAGGAGGAGAGAUUCAGGAGAGAAGAGGUCGGUGACCUCUUCAAAGGCCAUUUAACUAGUGGUUAAGUGCAUGUGAGCUGGUCCAGCAUUAUGGGUUCAAAGCUAGGCCCGUUCAUUUACGAGCACUGGAGAUUGAGACUUGCCCAUGUGUGGAGUCCUAGGGAGAGGUCGGGGCUGGAGUACAGACUGGCAUCUACUAAACAGUGAUUGUAGUUCUAGAGGUAUCUUGUGUAGACCAUGAGGCCUGGCCAUUCCCUUUGACCGGGAACGGUGAGGACAGGGCCCCAUGCUUCCUGGGUCCCUUCUCCUUCCUCACCUUCACAGAUUGUUUGUUGAACACAAAGCUCCUUAGACCUGCCAGAGCCAUCCUACUGGCCAGGCAACAGUGCCAGGGAACCCACGGGGGCUGGUCCACCUUCAUCUGGAGCAAGCCCACGUUGGGCUGAGCAGUGGAGGACGGGCCCCAAAAGAGGACACUUACCCCUCAGACAUCCUUAUGAUAUCACAACCUGGAAUUCCAUCUUCCCAACCUCCUUCCCAGUAGACCCAGCCCCCUGCCUCACCCAUUAAAUCAGUAUAUAGUCAGCUUCCAAUGACAGAAACAAAUACUGGGGCAGAAGGAUGCACCUCCUCACUCCUCUCCUGAUACCCAGUCCCCUGGCCACUGCCUCCUCCCCAGCCUGAUGCAGCUCUGCCAGUGGGCCCCAGUUCCCUCGGAAGUUCCCAGGGGCCAUCAGCAAACACCUGUAGAGGGCUCUAUGUGGCAAGAACUGAGAUAGGCCUGGUGGAGAGACACAAAUAUUUGAAGGCCAGUGUUUGGCCUUGAAUUUCUCACCCUCCCAUGAAGAGGAGGCCUCCUGGUUUGUAGAUUGAUUCAACUUUCCAAUUAAAAGGCAGAGGUUCGGCAGCCCCCCGGAUGGCUCAGUAAUUUAGCGCCGCCUUCAGCCCAGGGCCUGGUCCUGGAGACCUGGGAUCCUGGAGACCUGUCGGGCUCCCUGUAUGGAGCCUGCUUCUCCCUCUGCCUGUGUGUCUGUCUCUCUCUCUCUCUCUCUCAUGAAUAAAUAAAUAAAAUCUUUAAAAAAAUAAAAUAAAAGGCAAAGGUUGUCAGAUGGAUUAAAAAUGAUGCAACUGUAUGCUAUCUACCAGAAACUCCCUUUAGAGCAAAAAACACAAAUAGGUUGAAAAUGAAAGAAUGGGUGGAUCCUUGGGUGGCUCAGCAGUUUGGCACCUGCCUUUGGCCCAGGGCAUGAUCCUGGAGUCCUGGGAUUGAGUCCCACGUCGGGUUCCUUGCAUGGAGCCUGCUUCUCCUGGCUGUGUCCCUGUCUCUCUCUCUCUCUCUCUCUCUCUCUGUCUCUCAUGAAUUAAUGAAAUAAAAUGAGGGCAGCCCAGGUGGCUCAGCAGUUUAGUGCCGCCUUUGGCCCAGGGCCUGAU